AUGCGAUGCUUGUGUAGCACAUUUCCCCGGGUCCAGCCUGUGACAAAGAGAAGCUGCUGGAAGCGCCGCAUCCUCCUCCAUCACCGCCCGCACCAUGCCGCUCCGCUCCGGCCUCCUCCGGCUCCUCAGGAAGACGAGCAGCACCCAGAGCCUGCACAGGAGGCGGGCGCACUCCGUGGCCGUUAUAGGGGCCCCGUUCUCCAAGGGCCAGAAAUGGCAAGGCACAGAACACGGACCGGCUGCCAUCAGAAGCGCCGGACUCAUCGACAGAUUAUCCAGCAUUGGAUGCAGCGUUUAUGAUGUUGGAGAUCUCAACUUUGUCCAGGUUCCUGAUGAUCAGCUCUACAAUAACACCGUUAAAUACCCCCGGACGGUCGGGCUGGCCUGUCAGCGGCUGGCUAAAGAAGUGAACAGAGUCAUCGGAGCUGGUCACACGUGUGUCACUCUGGGAGGAGACCACAGUUUGGCUCUUGGCUCCGUCAGCGGCCAUGCCCAACAGUAUCCAGACCUGUGUGUAAUUUGGGUGGACGCACACGCAGAUAUCAACACCCCCCUGACAACCAUGUCAGGAAAUCUCCAUGGCCAGCCAGUGUCCUUUCUCGUGAAGGAGCUCCAGGACAAGGUGCCUUUAAUUCCUGGUUUCUCCUGGGCUAAACCGUGUAUUUCGUCAUCAGAUAUUGUGUACAUCGGCCUCCGAGAUCUGGAUGCGGCUGAACAGUUCAUCCUGAAGAAGUACAACAUCACGUUCUUCUCAAUGAGACAGAUCGAUCGCAUCGGAAUCCAGAAGGUCAUGGAACGUACAUUUGAUCAGCUACUGGGAAGGAGGCAGCGAGCAAUUCACCUAAGCUUCGAUAUCGACGCCUUUGAUCCCACCCUGGCGCCAGCUACAGGGACCCCGGUAAUUGGGGGCUUAACCUACAGGGAAGGAAUAUACAUAGCAGAAGAAAUACAUAGCACUGGAAUGCUUUCAGCUAUUGAUCUGGUAGAAGUCAACCCUAUUCUUGGAGCUACCUCCGAUGAAGUCAAGGCCACCGCCAGUCUAGCCGUGGACGUGGUGGCGUCCAGUCUUGGCCAGACAAGAGAAUGUGCUCACCGGAUUAUCAAUGAGCUUCCGACGCCAGGCGCUGCCUUCGAAACAGAUGGUGAAGAGCAGAUACGGAUUUAAGAGCGAAGGACGUGACUUUCACCACUCUCAAUGACAAGGGCUGUUAUGACUUUGGCCAGUGACCAUCCUCGAGACCUUGGACAAUGUGGUAACCAGGCAUGGUAUAUAGAUCGCUCGCGGCCCAGCUAGCGUGCCUAUUCUUAUCCACUACUGACACCAGCUUCUCGCAGAUAAUAUUGCAUUUUAUGUGCUCAUUUAAUUUAAAGGGGAAGCGUCGUUACGUGAUAGUUUUGCAGCAUUUAUAACCUGGUUGCAUGGUUUUUUUCCGUUACCGAUGCAAUGUACAAAUUUUCUUGCAAUUUCGUGGACUGAACUCUACUGUUUGAUCGGUAGCGUUUCGUGGACUGAAGAUAUCCACAUUGGAUACUGACCGUAAUCCAUUCGGGCAUUUAACUGGUGCUAUAUGAAUGCACGCCAUAUUUAAAGGGGUUGUCUAGAAUUUUGUUUUAUAUUUACCCCCAGGCAG